UCAUUAUUUCCAUGGAAAUGAGUGUGUGAGAGUGUCGAAGCAGCAGUAAUGGCGUCAGGGGGAGAAACCUGUGCUUCUGCGGAGGACAAGGGGGGUGUCCCGCUGGACAUUGAUGAUGUACAUCUACUCCUGCAAGUGGAACAGGAGCAGAUUCAGAAGAGGACAUUCACAAACUGGAUCAAUGCACAGCUCUCCAAGAGGAACCAUCCAGCUGUUGUCCAGGAUCUGUUCUCUGAUCUUGGAGAUGGGACUCGACUGCUUGACCUACUGGAGGUGAUGAGUGGCCAACGCAUGAAGCGCGAGCGGGGUCAUGGUGUGUUUCAGCAGAGAAGCAACAUAGAGACUGCUUUGAAAUUCUUGAAGAAUAAAUCAAUCAAGCUGGUGAACAUAAACAUCCCAGACAUCAUAGAGGGGAAACCUUCCAUCAUUCUGGGCCUGAUAUGGACCAUCAUUCUGCACUGUCACAUAGAGGAGCUAGCCAGAACUCUGUGUUAUGGAUCCCGUUCAUCCUCCCUUGACUCUCUGUCCAGUCUUGAUUCUGUUCCUGGAUCUCCACGCAGUAGUCCUGUUCCCCGAGGAGCAUCCCCGCUCCGCACCCACUUCCGUCUGUCUGCUAAGAAGGCUUUGCUCCUGUGGGUUUGGGACCAGUGCCAGAAAGUUGGUUGCUCAGCCGGUGUGAGGGACUUUAAGUCCAGCUGGAGGAGUGGUGAGGUGUUUCUGGCCAUUCUCUGCUCUCUUAGACCUGAUCUGGUGGAUCUCUCUCAAGUCCAGACCAGCAGCCACCGGGAAAACUUGGAGAGGGCAUUUCACCUUGCUGAGAAGGAGCUCAGAAUUCCCAGACUGCUCGAGCCAGAGGACGUUGAUGUCAGUAACCCUGAUGAGAAGUCUAUCAUGACAUACAUUGCUCAGUUCCUGCAGUACUCCAACGAUCUGCCUGUAGCUGAUGAUGAUUUUGAGGCUUCACCCAGUCAGAAAGCCAGAGAGAUGAAAUGCUGGCUAGAGCGAGCCUGUCAGGAGUUGUUGGGGGCAUGGAUUUCCACAGAGGGAUAUGCAGAGAGGUAUCAGGCAUUUCAGAACUUUGUGGGGACUUAUUAUGACCAGCGACGUCCAGUUAUUCCAGUUCUCAGUGCAAUGAGACACUACGCUAAACCAAGUGAGGAGCUGAUGGCAUUGAGAAAGGCCUGGGACACCAUGGAGGAGAGGUUGCAAGAGUUCAGAACAGAGCUUGAUGUUGGUUUGCCAGCCCCUCUGAACACACUGGGCCGGUGGCUCCAGCAUAUGGAAGCUGUGUUGUCUGAAGACAGCGGGAGCACAGAAGAUCAUGCACUUGCUGCUAGAGAUGCCAGACACAAGCAAGAACAGCUGAAGGUCUUGGUUGAGGACUUAAGCCAGCACUUGAACAUCCUUCAUCACUACCGUAACACAGAUGAUGAUGGCUGUCUUCAAGUGCCAAUUGAGAAGCUGGAGGAGAUCAAGAGACGUUUCACCAGUGCCAGACUGUCAGCCAAGUACCACGGCCUCAAGCUACAAUACAGGGAGCAGAUGCACCAGGUUUAUGACCUGCUGGGACGUCUGAAGUCUAAGCUGAGCCUGUGGAGAGGACCUUACGGAUCCCAAGAGUCUGUGCACUCUCUGCUACAUGAUUGGCAUGACACUGUUGACAAGCAAGGCCUGGUGUGGAUGUUGAAAGAAGCACUUCAUAAGCUGAAGGACACAGCAGUCAGUUACACCAACAAAGCAGCUCUGGCUGACGACGCGCCUGUAGUAAACAGGAAGGUAAAGGAGGCCGAUAGUGAGACGGGAGCCAGUACAGAAGCUGCAGAAGCAGUAAGAUCCACCAUGGAGCAUGUUCUGGCUGCAUGGGUGUCCUACAAAGACUGCCUGUAUCUAUUACAGGUCUGGCAGGGGCAGGAGGGACAAUCAGAGGAACAGGGGCAGGAGCACAAGCAUUUUUCAUCCAGCUUGAAUGAGUGGAGAUCACGUCAAGCCCAGCUGAAUGAGGCGGGAAACAUCCUCAUUGAUAUGAGUGAUGCUUCCACCAGCCACUCUCUGACUGAAGAGCUCCGCAAACUGAACAUACAGUGGGCUGACUUUAUAAAAAGGACCAAGUUUGCAGUGGCCCCUCAGCCCAUCGCUGCAGUCCCGGGGGUCCAAGCUGCUCAGUCCCUGAUGCAGGAAGCCGGCUGGGUGCUUAGAGAGACUGUGGAGGUGUCAUCUGGACCUUUGCGUAUUUACAGAAAGAAACUUCAGGGCAUAAUUAAGAAGAUGUCAGCGUUCAAUUUGAACUCUUUUUCUCCAUCUCCAGACUGCAAAGAAGAAACCCUACAGAAACUCAGACAAACUCUUCCAGAGACCUUUGAAACUUUGACCCGGGUUGAUCAGGUGUGUAUUAGACUCCAAAAAGUGACAUCUCUGCUUGAGGGGAGGCUGGCUGAGCUUGAAAACUGGAGCACAGAAGCCCAAAAGGUCUGCAACCACCUAAAAGAAAGGCAGCAUAGGGGCCACCGGGUCCCUCAUCCCAGGGUUACAGGACUGAUCUCCAGAGGUCUACAUUUGGAAGGACAGGUAGUGACAGAAGGUGAGGACCUGCAGGUGCUUGUGACAUUGGUGCAAAAUAACUCUUCCCUGCCUUACCUCAGAACAAUGGCAAUACAAGACCGACUGCAACGGAAUGUCUCACACUCUCAGGAGGUUACCGAGAUGCUCAGUUCCCUUGGAGUGAAGUGUGAAGGACAGCCUAAAGGUGCACAGUCUGCUUCCAAGAUCAUACAGGCAUAUUCUCAGCCUGAAUCCCAAGUUGAAACCAUUCAACACCAUCAGAAUCAGACAUUUUCUAAAAGCAGCAAACAUUCUCCAGAGAGCCCAGUAGAACCUCGAAGCCAAGAACUCUAUUCUUCUCAGCUGCAGUCACAGUUGGAAGCCACAAGUGACGUACAGCCCCAGGUUCUCCCCCAGGAUCAUGAUAAAUCCCUGAAAAACCAAAGAAAAGCUGUAUGCCAAGUACAACAAGCAGAGCUCAAACAGACUUUGUUGUCAUCUGUUGUUGGCAGGGAGGUUCAGAUGAAACCCCAGACUCAAGUUCAACUCAUCUCUGUAGACUCGAGCCUAACCAGUAGCUUUGAACCAUCAGACCUUCAAGCCGCCUCAGUAAACUCAAGCCAAAACAGUGGCUUUGUACCCUUAGACACUUUACAGGUUAUCUCUGUAGACCCAGUCCAUACCAGUGACUUUAUACUUUCAGAGCUACAGGUUGUCUCAAGCCAAACCAGUGAAUUAAUGCCAUUAAACUCUCUCCAGGUUAUAUCUGUAGAAUCAGGCGAAACCAGGGACUUUGAACCAUUAGACCUUCAGGUAAUCUCUGUAGAGUCAAGCCAAACCAGUGGCACUGAACAAGCAAACCCUCCGCAGUCUUCAACUAUGUCCAUUCCAAGCACAUCGAUUACACCGGUUACCAUGACUGAACUAAGAAUGCCAGUCGAGCAGAAUCUUGGUUCACCAACAAAAUGGCAGCCUCAGACUUCCCUGACGACUCUACACCAAAGACAAACUGUUCUAUACAAAAGUCACAGCUUUCCAGAGCCAUCAGAGGCUCCAGGUGUUCCCCAUGUCCUGGUACAGAAUGAGGUGUAUGCUAUAGCUCAGGCUUUGGCCAGGAGCAGACUGGAUCAAGCCAAAAAGCACCUGCGUGAACAUAUACAGGAUGUCAUCACUGUGAUAAGUGCCAGAGACAAAUCUAAAAAACAAGCCAAGAAAAAACAGGCAGUGUCACGUCUUCUCAGACCUAAAGUGUUGGAGACGUUUCUAGAAGCUGUGAAGGGAAUGGGGUUUUUCUGCUCUGAUGCCAAGCUCAGAGACAUGGACCUCCUCUCUCAGUCAGUCAGGGCCCAGUGGGAGGUAUGUGCCACAGCAGCUGAGCGGUCAGUGCAUCUGGAAGCCUUGAGAAGAAUUACAGAGAGUCUGCAGCCCAGAGAGAGUGUUCUUCUAAGCACCACCCAUCUGAGAACAGACACAAAGAAGGUGGAGAGUGUUCAAUGCCGCACAGACUCCACAAGUGACUUGGCACCAUGCCAGGAUGGCAGGGGGGGAGCAAUCAAGAAUUGUGUCCUGUUGAGAAAGACUGUACUGCUGGAUGACCUAAGCAUCGACCAUUCACAGCUUGUUGUCCAGACCAACAUUGUGGAGAUAAAACCGAUACCAGAGAGGGCCGUCAUCCAACCCUGCUCAGCACAGGAAGAGAAGGUUACCACAGAGGAAACUCAGAGCAGUAGCUACAGUGCUGUUCAGUCAGUCUUUCAGCUGCAGCUGCUUAACAACAGUCAGCAGCUGGGAUCAGAGUUUCCCAUCAGCCUCGGCAGCAAUGCUAGUACCUCUGCUGACUCACUGAGAACUCAACUCCAGCACCUACUGGAUCUUAAGAACCGGACAGAGGCUCUGUGGUGUGAGUUUGAGCUUCAGUAUUCCCAGAACUCUCAGCACAUGGAAGAUGGCUGUAAUAUGGAGCAGGAGAGAACUCGGCUUAUUCAGCAGUGGAAGGAACAACAGAUGUCUUUUCAGGCCAGGUUGAAGUCUCUUGAAACUACGGUAGAGCUGCUGGAGUCCGCAGACAUUAAGAUCAGACUGAUUUCUGAUCAGAUCAAACAGAUUAGUCAGAAACCUCUAAAUAUUAAGAACUUUGCUAUUGCUGAUCCCAAAAAUCUACAUGAAGAAAUAAAGCGUCUAGAUGAAAGUAUCGAGAAGGAGCUGUUUUUGCUUAAGAGUGAUGGUGCUCAUCUGAGUUCAGCUCAUCUUCCUCUGCAGCAAACGCUCCACAACUGCACAAAAUGCUUGGACCAGCAAAGACAAUGUCUGAGAAAGAGUGAAUCAGCCCUGGUGCGCCUUGUGAAUCUCCUGUCCCAUCUCCAGCAGAUGAAUGCCAAACUCAAACGCAACGCAUCAGAUCACAGUUUAGUCUCCAUCCGGCAAAGCCUUCAGCUGGCCAGGGAUGAAUCGGUUCAGUUAGACCAAUUGCUGGAUGAUGCUGGUAUUAGAAUAACUCUGGAUGAUAAACCAGGCAGCUGUCAUGAGAUGGUUUCAGCUCUGGCUCUGCGUGUCGAAGAGGUCGAGGCCAGACUGGCUGUAGGGCUGAAGCAGUCUGACAGAGAAGGGAUAGGAAGAAUGGAGGGAGAACAGAGGGACAGAGCAUUCGGUAGGAAGAGGAUGGGCCUGCAGGUCGCCCUGAGGGAGGUGCUGACAGCAGUUGAAAAACAUGGGCUGAAGGAGCCCACAAUUCCUGCACUACAGCACAGGUUACGCUUCAUGACAGACAUGGAGAGUAAACUGGUUGCACUACGCUCAGAGAUUAAGGAUCUGAGAAAUACUUGCCCACAGACAAGCACCUCCGAGAGAGGCAUCAGCGAGCUGCAGACGCAAUGGGAAAAUGCACACAGAGCAGUCACAGAGAGUCAUGAACAGUGUGUCUCUCUGACUGAUCUGCUGAAGAAGUUCCAGAGCUGCCGAAAUCACUUGGGCAGCAUUUUGCAAAAAGCAGAGCAGACUAUUGGUGAUCAGGCCUCCUAUAUAGGCAAAGACAACCUGCAGCUCCUGAUCAGUAAGGUGAGCAGUUUAAAGUCAGAUCUCAGUAGUCUUGGGGACGGGGUGGAGGAGUUGAGAUCUGUGUGUCGUCAGCUGCAGUCUCUGUUGAGAAGGAUCCCAGACUGUGCUGACACUCCAUUUGAGAGUGAGGCUGAUUCCCUCAUGGACCGCUGGCUUGAUGUUACUGAGAAGACAGACUGUCAUCUGGACAACCUUCAAGCUGGCUUUUCUCUUUGGGAAAAACUCCUGCUGUUGGCUGGAGAGGUGGAGGGCUGGAGCGCCCAAAAGCUGAUGACACUUGCUCAGUCAAACCCCUUUCAGACAGAGGAGGACGUGUCUGUCAUGGAGGAUGAGCUCAGGAUUCAAGAGGAGAACAUUGAACAUUUCCAUCGCAGAUCAUCAGAGAUCCAGGAGCUGCUGCAGAGUCGUGAGUUCCCACUGGAGCUGCAGGUUAUUGAGAGCCAGCUGAGAAAGAAGAUGGAAGAGAUGAAGGAGGUCUUUUCUGAGGCCAGUGAUGUUUUCAGGCAGCUGGAAGCUGCCAAAGGGAAGGUGGCAUCUGAUAUUGCAGAUCACCUGUCCUCCAUUCAAACUAUCACAAAUGCACUGACCUCACUGACCACAUCUGAAAGCCCACAUGUCUUCAACACCAUCCAGGGCUUAUCGGAGGAUCUGCUAGCAGAGGCAGAGCAGGCCGAUGCAUUACUGCAGCAGAUAAAUCUUCUGGCCAGCAUUGCAGGUCUAGAAAACCUGCAGGUGCUGGCUGAAGAUGGAGCUCAACUUCAAGAAAGCAUUUGCACGGCUAGAGAGCUGGUCAUACAGAAGAGAGAGCAAGCGAUGAACCCCAACAGACCUGAAAAUCCCAAGCACAUCAAGCCGCAGAAAAACGAAGUUACUGCACCUGAGUUACAGUGUGAGUCUAAUGGUAAAACAGAGGAUCAGUCACACAGAGGCCAGACACAAGACCCUCUUCUUGAGUUGAAAGAAUUCAAAGAGCAGGCCUGCAGCUGGUCCAGUGAAGUGCAUCUGAAGGGCGAUUUUCAGGUUUCUGAAGAUGAAAACAGACAGAUCACACUUGAAGAAGAUGACAGCACAGCAGUGCAGGCUCCAGAACAAGUGAAAGGAAACCUAUUAGAGGUUGAGAAACUGUCUGAGGUCCUGCAGGCAAGCUGCUAUGAAGAGGGACAGACUGCUCUCUCCCAAGAUGUUCAGACGCUGUUUGGAAAGACAACAGCCCUGAGGAAGAUCUUGGAAGAUGAGAGGACUCCGGAAUGGAACUCUGAUCCAGAUCAGUGUUCCAUUCAGUGCAUCAAACCUCAGCCGCAUGGAGUAUUUACAGAGGAGCUACAGUCAGUUCAGGUUGCCACUGACAGUGAAUGGUCGGAUGAUAUAGAACGUAUGGAUAUAAAAUUCUUGCCCUCAAAGGAAGUAAGUAAAACCGAACAUAUAUCACCUUGUUCAGAAGAACAAGCAACCAAAGAUGUUGAGAACCUUCCAUCAGGCCACGACUCCAAUAAGCAGCAGUUCAUGUCUCGAUCUAAAGAGAGGGAUGAAACUGGAUCUGUAUUAAGAGAAGAUGACUGCAAAUUCACAGAUGGCUCAUCCUGUGAAUCACUAAAGCCUGUCUUUACCAUAGUGCUGGACUCUGAUCUUACCAAACCCAACCAGAUCCCACUGACACAACCUGUCCCAGCUUCUUCAACUAAAUGGGAUACGGUUUCAGUUGUUCAUGAUGGGACUGCAGAGACAUCAAAGGAUGGAUUGAAACUCUUGGAAGUCAGACCAAAUGUUGAUGUAGCUGUAGAUGAAGAACAUACUGUCAUAAGCUCUUCUGAUGAACCUGAACAUUUAUGUGCUGAUCUUUCAGCAUCAGAAGUGCAGUUUAAAGAAAACAGCCACACUGACAAUAUUGAACCCACUCAUUCUGCUCUAGACCUUGAUUUCAUGCAUAAACCAGAGAAGGACUCAUCUACUCAAGCAUUUGACCCAAUGCUUUUAUACCCAGAGAAGCAUCAAGCAAGCUCUGGAACUGCUAACAGAGUAUUUACCAUCAUCCCAGAUGUUGAAACUCCUACAUUAUCACCAGACAGGUAUCAAUCACUGCAAGAAACACAAUGUACAGGUCCUGAUGACUCAACCACAGAUGAGUUCUCCCAUUCAGAUGUAAAAAAUCAACAGAAGAAUGCCUAUGGUACUGAGAAACAUGAAGGCAGAACGGCUGGACUAGGUCUUUCAGAAAAGUCUGAUGUGAAAUCAAGUAGCUCUGAAAUGCAGCCAGGACAGAAAGAGGCUCUGCUUAUCCAGCCCCAAACGCCUGAGAUCAUAGAGGCUGAUGUUCAAAAAGAUGAAAAAGAGAAGCAACAUGAAGUCACUGAUGCAGAAGCAUCAAGCCAAAUGUAUGUCCUCAGUGGAGGAGUCAGUGAGUCAGGGUCUGUAGUUCACCAGCAGGAUGUCCCAAUUUUGGAGAGUUAUAAUGAGGAUGACAACAACACCUUUGAAGAGCCUUCAAAUGAAGCAAAUGCACUUCAAAAACCUCCAAAAGGUGUUAAAGGUAGGAAGAAGAACAGAAAACCAGUUGGUGUAGAAAAAGCAAACAAUAUCAGUAAUAAUAAGCUGAGCACAUGUAAAUCUGAAGAAAAGAACACAACUCACUCAGAAAGCCUUCAGACUUCUGAGGUCAGGCCAUCGGAUGCCAUAGAUAUGGCCUGUGUCAGUACAAUGACUGUGCCUUCAGACUUCAGUCAACCAGACACUGCAAAGCCAUUGAGUACAGAAAACAAACGAACAGUGGACACUGUGCAGAAAGAGACCUUGACUCAAACUGAAACGGAGGAUGGAAAUUUUGAAAACAUUAGCAUCUCACUUGCCGGAGGCUCCAAUAUUAAUACCACAGAUAUGGUUUUAGCAGCAGUGGAGGCCGUACAGUCAACACAUACGAAGGAAUCCGAACUAAUGCCAGAAGAUUCUUCAUCUGUUGUGACAGCUGACUGUAUAACACAAUUUUCUACCACAGUCCCAUCAGAGUUACAACUCAGCCAUGCUGAAGCUCAGAGGACAGAGUAUUCAGAUGGCACUUUCCCUUUGCAGUAUGAAAAAAUGCAUGGAGCCAAUUCAGAUUCAUCUGCCGGGAGCAAAAUGUUCAAAAACAGAGGAUCAGGAGCAGACAGUGAGGAUCAAACGAGGCAUGCGGAGCAGCAUACCGGGACACGUGCGUGGGCCACUUUACUGAACACCAUCACUAACGCUCAGCCUCUUCUGAUCACCAGUCACGGUACUGAGGAAUCUAGACCAAGGAAAGAUUUCUGGCUUAGGAACACAUCACUCUUAGAGUCUGACAGCUGUCUGGUAUGGACUGUCCUGUGGGUUUUCAGAUGUCGGUACAGACCGGCCCAACUUAACAUUGUACAUAUGGCUCAUCAGCUGGAAGAAGUUGAGAUCUGCCAGCAGCAUGUCUUGGAGCAGGUGUCUAGACUGCCUCGACGUGAAUCUAAUGCAGGAUACACUACAGAGCUUGAGCUGAGCAUAGAGGGGAGAUGGAACAGAGUUCUGCUGGAUACCUCAACCAUGGUGGAGUUCAAAAAAGUACAGCUCCAGCAGGUCACACAGUACCACCAGCAAAAGCGGGUUCUCACGGAUACUCUACACAAUCUGGAGGCUGAGCUCAACACAUUGACACAGGAUUGCAUUGACAGCAGCACCUUGCAAGUGGAGAAGCUAAAUGCAUUCCUGAAGAACAUGCAGAAGAAGAAAUGCACACUAGAGGAGCUCCUACAGACAUGCUCUCAGAUUUCAGCCCAUCUGGGUGAGGCAGAGGGACCUGUGGUCUGCAUUGAACCUUUUAGGACUUUACAGGAGAGAUGGCAAACUAUAGAGCAGGUUGCCUCCAGCAGUCUGUGGUGUGCUAACGUCUGCACAGCAGAAGCAUCUGCAAUCCUGCAAAAAGCCAGAGAUCUGCACCAUGAACUGGAGCUUCUGGAGAAGUCAGUUUCUCUUCCGCAUCCCUCUCAAGGACAGAUGGACUGCCGAAGUGAGCUACAAGAAACUGUCAGAACUGCAGACUUUGCAUCGUUAACUGAGCACUACUUGUACCUUCUUGAGGUCUCUCAGGCUCUUUCCUCAAGUCCCCUGGGAAAAAAAGAGCUCAGAGAUGUGGAGGAUGCAAUGCAGGGCCUGAAUUCUCAGCUUACACUAAUUCAGGAGAAGCUCAGCUCUCAGACUUCGAAUGGCAAUGGCUGUUCACCGAUCACAAGGAUUAUCAGGGAAUAUGUUACAUGGGCUAAACAAACGGAAAGCAAAGUCAGCAGGAGAAGGAGGUUGGCUCUGUUUCCUGAAGAGGCAAGUCACCAGGUCAAUCACAUGAAGAAACUGCAGUCUGAAACAUCUCUUAAGAAGUUUCAGUUGGCCACUGUAUUGAAAGAGCUAAGAGAGGAAGUUACAGGACUUGACAAGGAGGAUUCCAUGUCUCCCACCAUUGCUUCCCUAGAGGAUUUGUAUGUUAAGAUUACAGAGAAGACCAAAUGUGCUGUUGCAGAAAUGAACAGAAUGUUUCAUAUAAGAGAGAGACUGUGGAAACAGAUCACUGACAGCAGCUCUUGGUUAACCUCAGUAUUAGAAAAAGAGUCUGGUAAAACAGUGGCUUCUGAACCUAAAACUACUAUCCCAGAAUUGAGGGUUCAGCUUCAAGUAUGCACAGAGGCUUUGAAGGAAGGCGAGAGACAAGCAAAUAACUUGGAUACUCUGUUAGAUGAAAUAAAAAAUGUGAAUCACGGUCUGAGUGUACCCGAAAACUUUCAGCUUAUCAAUAGGCUAACAGCGUUACAAGAAGAUGUCUCUAGGGUUGUGAACCGUAAGCAGGCCUUGCACUGGGUGCUUGAAGAACUCCUUCAUGCUCAGGAAUCUUCUGUUGAGGAGCAGAACAUCAUCCUGAAGAAUUUGAGACAGACAAGUGCUGAUGUCAUGAGGCAGAAGUAUCCCAUAACAAGGGACUCACUCUUGGCUCUUGAACCUGUUCAGCACAUCCUGAUGGAGCUUCUGUGCAAGGUGCCAGAAAUUCCAUACUGCCCAGAUUCUCGGAGGAAAGAGAUGCUCAAUGCUGUACUAGACCUACAGAGGAGAAUGCAUCUGCUGGAGUUACAAGCGAAAGAGCAUGAGGAGUAUGUCAUUUUAAGGCAGUGCAUGGAGAACUCCAGAGAGGUGGUGAAGAAGAGCUUGUCGCAAAUUGUAGACUCGAGUGUAGGAGCUGACAUAAGGCUUGGUUUUUGUCAGGCUGUUCUGGUGGAGCUAGCUCUGGUGAGAAUGACAUGUCAAGGGGCCACUGACCACCUUGAGGCCAUUUCGAAAGAUCUCUAUCCAUCCCAGCUGACAGCAGAAAGGCAAAAAAUCUGUUUGGUCAUUGAGCAGCUCACCUCUUGGGAGCUCACAGUAAAAAAUGAGGCUAAAACCCUUGAGUGCUCUCUAGGGGAGAGACUCAGGAGUCCUACAGAACUCAGUCCAUUCACUGAGCUCUUCAACAGUGUCAGGCAGCAGCUGAAUGAGUGCAUCAGCUUGGAGCCAGAUUUUGAGAUCAUUGAUGCAGAGCUACGAAAGCACUGGAUGCGAAUCCAGACCGUUGAGUCUGUACUACGAAUGCUGGAGCACUGCAGGAAAGCAGUAGAUGCUGAAAGCUACCAGAUGACCAUUGGUAUUGGCCAGAAAACUCUUAAUGAUUGCAGUAUGCGUAUGGACAAGCUGCUCCAAGCUUGGGAGGCACUGAAGCAUUACCACUGGGCUGUUCAGGGUGCAGAGAGCUUCUUUCAGCAGAUUAGAUCCAAUCUCAUGAUCCCCUCUGAUGGUUUCAAAGGCUACAAAGAGGAGCAUCGCUAUAUUGAUCGGAUUUUUAGCACUCUGGUUGAGGGUUUCCAGGCCCGCUUGUCUGAAGUUGGUGCUUCUGUUCCCCAGCAGACAUGCCUCUCCAUCCCUCUAACUGAGCAGCUUCAUAUCGAGGUUUUGAGUCACCUUCUAGUACAAGAAGCCAAAUUUGAAGCUCAGGCUCAGCUCAGACUUGAGGUUUUACAGAGGUACAUGAAAGACCAAAUUGUUCACAUGAGUCACCAUGAAGAAAUGAGCCAACUUCUCAAAAAUGUUGAUUCUCGAAUCUCUAGUCAUUGCUUAAGGCAAAAACCGGCUGAUUCCGAAGCCUGCCAAGAUCAACAGCUGAAAGUAAAGUUGCUCCAGACAGAGCUAAAGAAUGUUGCUAAAAGGCUUGAGGAAUUGAGGGAAAGUUGUCCCGGUCUACGCUGCAAAGCGCCUGUGGAUCUGAUGCUGGGACAGCUCUGGAGGUCUUGGGCAGUGCUGCAGUGGAGAGUAGAAUCACUCAAAGCCAGCACGACUAAUAAAGAAGCAGAGUGGAGAGACUUUGUGAUACGUCUGAAUAAAUCAAAGGAAGGUCUUGACAGACUGCAGAAGGAUGUUCCAGACUCCUCUAUGGUGGCGGGAUCCCUGGUGGAUCUUCAGGUUGUUCUGAGCCUCACUGAGCGCCUUCAAGAUGGAAUUGAGCAGGAGCAUCACACUUUGGCAUCUCUACAACACCAUGUGGCACGAUUGCUUGGGGUCUCAAAUUUGCAGCAGCUGAAAGUGUGCCCUCAAAUCUGCCAGGACUUGCAGUCUUUACAGGGUCACUGCAGAAGCCUCAGAGAUCAGAGCAAUAACAUCCGUCGGGAGGUGCUUUUUGAGAUCCAGGAGUUGGGUCGUGUGCAGGAGGAGUUGAGUGCCAUUCAGCAGAAUGUUCUCUCUCUUUUGGUGGUUUUACAGUCAGAGUCAGCUGCUCAACACUUACAGGAAGUUAAAAUGGAAUUGGUUUCACAAAAGGCUCGACUGCAGGAUGUCAUGGACAGAGUGCAGACGAAAUGGAGCUGUGUACCCUCAGAGAUUCAAAUCUUACAGAAUGAGCUUGACAUCUCCAUGCAGGAGGCUAAGGACAAAUUGGGCAUGGUCAUGGAGAGAAGUGGUCCUCUCUGUAAAAUGGGUGAGCUGAUUACAGAGGUGACCGUUGGCUUGAAUUGUGUGCAGGCCCUGCUGAAGCAAACGAGUCCUAAUUUUUCUGAGGCCAAACGUGCACAAAAGCGCAUAUGGGAUGAGCUGGACCAGUGGCACACGCGGAUAGCUAAGCUGGAGGCUGAGGUGCAGGAUCUGGCUGAGCAGAAGCCUGAGAGAGAACACGUCCUCAUGGACCAGCUCACAGAGCCUCUGCAGCUCUAUCAGACCACAGCCAAACAGGCCGAGCAAAGGACCGCCCUCAUCAGCAAAAUCCCUGCCUGUCUGCAGGACUAUGAAGGUUUACUCAAUAUCUCCAAAUGCUGGUUAAGAGAGGCUCAGUCCUGGCUGGUCGCUCCAAGAACCUACACCACUGCGAAAUGCAUCCACUGUCACGCCAACUCCCUCAAGAUGAUGCUGGAUGAAUCAGAAGGAUACAGGGGAGCUCUGGAGGGCUUGCUGCCUGCCCUGCAGGAGAUCACUCUGGUGUGUGACACCAGCCCUCAGCAACAACUUCUCCAACUGUCUAUACAAAACAUCACACUCGUACAGCAAAGCAUUCUGGAGCCUCUCUCUAACCUUCAGCACCUAGCAGCUGAGAUGGACGCCAUUGAAGCAGAGGUAAAGACAAUGGAAAAAAAUAUAACUAAGAUCAGAACAAUCCUUUCGACCAGUGACACGGAGAACAUUUCUCCUGAGGAACAUCUCGAGAACAUACAGGUCAUUCUGGAUAAUGUCCAGUCAAUGAAGAGGACCAUUGAUGAGAUUGAGAGCUGCAGGUCAGGUCUGGGGCUUCCUGCUGGGGCAGAGCAAACUCUCACAGCCUUCCGUCGGGCCCAAGAGCUCCUGCAGCCCAUCCAGGAGCUACAGCAGCUCAGUGUGGAGCAAAACGCAGCUUUAAUGACCUCUAUUGGGCAACCAGCUGAAAUGAUUCUCCCUUCAAACCAAACCACAGAAUUCACGAUGCCUCAUCUUUACACUGGAGAUGUGAGGGUGUCCAUGGAAGCCCGUUUCAUUGAGGAGGAAGAUGAAGAUAAUCAGUCUUCAUCCUCAGGAACUCUCACAAGCAGUAUUCCAGAGGACCCAGGUGAGACGAUAGAAGAGGAAGAUAUUAAGACAGGCACUGCCUCUGCUGUAACAGAGUGUGUCAUUAAGGAAUCCUCUCCUGAUGAAGUAGUAGAUUUUCCUGCAGAUAAGCAUGUAGUACAGGACACCAACACAGGAAGUUGUUUACUGGAGCCUUCUGGCUUCCCUGAAAUGCCUGGCAUAGACCGCAGACCAGUUAUUGAAGAGACAAGUUCUCUACCUGCACUAAAAUCCCAACACUUGAAAGAAUUUACAAAUGAUAGUAGUCUGAAGCCUGACAGUGCAAAUAUAGCUAAGGAAAAGCAAAACGAGUGCACAGAAACCAAGCUGACUGAAGCAGUCCCAGCAAAGCCAGUAAUAUGCUCAGAAAUCACCAUGUUAAAAUCUGAAUCUGUAGAUCAGAAUGAAGCAACUGUAAACACAGACACAGGUACAAGUGAUCAAGUGAAAACUACAGCCACAAAGCCACCUGUAAAUGUUACUGAUGGUGACCAGACCCAGACAGAUUCUAAACCCAUAGACGCCGCAGCUCCUCUUUUGCUCUCCUCCCAGCUUAUAGAAUGUGUGCCACAGGAAGAUAAAACACUGGAUAUACAGAAAGAUCUGAUUGAGGCCUCCGUUCACGAGAGCUGCAACCAGUCUCAAUUUCAGCACACAGCAUCAGUCAGCGAUCUGUCCCAGUCUGAAGGAGGAGAAGAUCAAGAGAGUCUAGUUCAGCUUCUCAACUCUUUGAAGGAAACAUCGGAGACCCUUGGAUCAUGUCAGGAAAUCAGUUCUUUAGAGACGAGACAGCAUUUGUUAGAGAUUUCGGUGUUUGCAUUGAGUUCCAGUGAAUCACAGAUGGGAGACUCAAACAAACUCCUCAAGGACCUUUCAAGGAUCAAGAGUCUGCAAAGCGACACCUGGACUUUGAAACUUGAGCGGCGGAGAUCAGUGGGACAGAAUAUUGUUGACCUCCAGAGAUGUUCUGAAGCUCUUCUGAACGGUCUGCGGGGUCUCCUGGAGUUGGGCUCUGAGCGGCUGCUACGCAGUCAGGAUGCACAACCACAAAACUGCAGUCAGCUGCACUGUCUGCUCACAGAACACAAGAAAUACUUCCGAGAUUUGAGGCAGAACCUUGUAAUGGUGAAGCUGCUCUACCAGAAGCUGCCAGAGGGGGCACUGCAGGCCCAUGCAGAGGUGGAGCUUUUAAUAUCAGCUCUACAGGAUCAAGCACAAACUCAUGGUGUCCGAAUGCAGCACAGCUUAGAGGAGUGGUCUCAGUAUGAAGCGGUCACUGAAAGACUGCGUAAGCAGUUGGAUGAGAUGGAGACAAACAUGUCCAGUCUGGAUUCAGAGCCAGAGGGAGACCUGCAGGGUCAGCUGCAGUCCUAUGAGGGGUUUCAGAAGGUCCUGGAAGACACGAGGCCUCAGGUGUGGGAGAUCCAAGACCGACUCGGGAUCCUACAGGAAAAGGGCUGUUGCCGGGAACGGCCAGACCAGCCUGUACCAAAAUCACAGCUGUUGAUACGCUGGAUGGAGCUUCAGAAUCGACUACAGCAGAAGAUACAGUCCACACAGAAGAUCAGAAAGAAUUAUGAGAGGUUCCAGUGCAACUCAACAGAACUAGAAGUGUGGAUUUGUCAUGCUCAAGAACAGGUUCAGAAGUGGAACACGUUGUCUGAUUCUGAUCCACUGAAUUCCAGAACAAUCUUGUCUCAGCUCACGGAGUUCUUCAAAGAGCUAGAGGUCCGUUCGGCACAGAAAGCUUCUGCAGAAUGUGCAGGCACACAGCUACUGCAGCAGACUGAAGGUGAAGCUCCAGGUCUGCGCAGACGACUGGCUCAACUUGAGCAGGAAUGGAUGAACUUGACUAGUGAGCUGCCCACCCUCUGCCAGAAACAGCAACAACUUUUGACAAACCAGUCUCACAGUCAUAUCUUGGCCAAAUUGCCCUCCUGGCUCGAGCAUGUAGAGAGACGGCUGGAGGAUGAAAGCUCGGGGGUCCGAUGUGCCCUCGGUUCCUCUCAGCUGUCUAGACAUCUAAAGGCUUUGAAGGAUCUCAAGGCUGAAAUAACCAGUCACCAGCCAUAUGUUGACGUUCUGAAUCAUCAGUCUGUGGAGGGGACAGGAUCAGUGAAUGAACCCACUGAUCGCAAUGAGCACAUCCUGUUUGCUGAGCAGCUGGGAGCUCUCAAUCUGAGUUGGCUUAUUCUACAGGUCAAAAUUGACAGCAAGAUUCAUGAUGUUGAGGACCAAUGGCAGACCUGCACGGACAGAGAAAAGCGUUUGCACUGUAUGCACAGCUGGAUCUCUCAAUGUAUGGAAUGGGUGAAAAACAGCUGGCGACCAGAGAGCUGUUCACAGAUUGAGCAAACGUUACAAGAGUGUGAGGAGACAGAAGAAAGGCUGCAGGUGAACUCUUCUGAGCUGAAGGCUUUGGGAGCUCUUUACCUGUUCAGGCAGAAGGACGGUGAACAUCCUGGAGAUCAAGCAUUCUCCAAACAAGUGAAUUCAGCCAUCCAGGACUGCCAAGCUUUGAGUCGACAGAUAAAUGCUCUUAAGUCAGGUUUACAGGAAAUCAAAGAUGAAUGGACUCGCUUUGAAUCUAAAAUGAGUGCAGCAGAACUGCAAACAACUGGGGUGCUCUACAAGCUGGAGCUCUGCAGAGUUCCUGUGUUCUCAUCUGAGCAGAGCCGAACUCAUGUGGAACAUCUGCAAGAGCUUGAAGGGGAACUAAACCGAUCAGAGACUGGGACCCAGUUAACUGAGAUGUUUUCUGAUUUGAAAGACAAACUCAACCCUUAUGUGUCUGAGCUUUUGUCUGAUCAUCUAGAGAAAGAGAGAUCCCGACAUCAAGCAGUGAUUGAAGAUGUGCAUGCAGAUUUACUUAAGGCCCGGAAUGCAUUGCCGCUUUGGCUGGAGUAUGAGCAUCUCGCAGGAGAGUGCUGCGUUCAGCUAAAUCAGCACUGGGAGAGGCUUAGAGAGCUUAUGAGUUCUUCAGACAGAGAAGAAAACACUGCAGAGCUGCUCAACAGCAGGAUGCAGGGCAUCAGUGGUCUAGAGAAAGACAUGCCGGUCUUGCAAAGCAGUGUGGGAAAAGUCCUGGAGGCCUCGAAGCUUCUCAUUGGGCAGAUGAAUCCCCAGUCAUCCUCUCUAAUCAAAUCAGAAACCAUGUUGCUAUCAUGUGACCAUGCGCAUCUUUGCAAGGCACUUUCUGACAUUUGUGCACAAGUUCAGGAGGAGCUGGAGGAACACUGCCGUUUCAGCAAUGAGCUGAAAUCAGUGGAGCAACAACUUAAAAACUUUGAGAGCAUAAUGACCUCCUCUGCUACAAGCAUGGAUAGACUAAAGAUGGUUCUGUUAGAUCUAAGUGGUCUGAACCCUAACCUUGCUGCUCUGAACCAAACGAGUUUCAGACUCUCCUUAAGCUCUACAGAGGAAGAGAGGUUACAGUCCCUCAACGCACAGUGCGUUCAGGUCUUCUCUCAGGCUACAGACCGACACAGGCAAAUGUAUGGAGAGCUGCUGCAUGCUCUGAACUUGCAACAGAAGUGCCAGUGCUGGAUGGAGUUCCAGGACAAAAUCAAGGCUGGGUUAUCCAAUCAGACGUCUGGAAACUCUGCUGCUGUAAAAGAGCAGCUAGCUGCACAUCAGAAACUGAAAGUGGAGGUCCUUAUCUGCCAGCAGCUGGCUGCCUCAAUCAGUGAGGAUUUGUGCUUCCUGGAGAGCAGUCAGAAUGAGGACAGGAGUCAUCUGAUCCUGAGACUGACCGAGCUAAAGGCAGAAUGGCAGUGGACGCAGCAGAGGGUACAGCAGCAUGGCAAAUGUUUGGAAGGGCUGGUGGGACAGUGGCAACUCUAUAAGGCUGGCUCAGGGAAACUUUCAAAGUUAGUCAGACACAUCGAAGAACUUCUGCCCCUAGCAGGACUUGUACCGUCCAGCUUAACGCAAGUCCAAUGCUCUAUAAAAGACUUUGAGUGGACAGAUGAGCAACUAAAGCUUCAUGAAGAACUCUACAGGCAGACUGUGGAGGCAGGAGGACACAUCCUUCUACUGACAGAUGCACAGACGCAGACACAUGUGCAGACUGAACUGGAUGCUCUCAAAGAGAUGUGGGAGAGAAGCUGUGACCUUGUGAGGAAAGGAAAGGCUCUCGCAGACACCAUAACUCAUAACUGGAAGCUCUGUGAAACCGGCCUGGCUGAUAGUGCUCUCAAACUGGAGGAGAUAAAAGCAAGACUGAAGUGUCCGCUGCCAGAGAAGCUAGAAGAUCUUAAGUCACACAUGCUGCUCAUCAAGGAGGACGAGGACUCACUGCAGAUUUGGGCUGGAGAACUGAAAGAGCUGACCACCAUGAAGACAGACGUGUCCCAGUACGUGCUGCCUACAGACACCGCGCUGCUCCAGGGACAGGUGGAAGAACUUCACAGCCAAUGGGAAGAACUGUGCUUGAAGGUGUCCCUUCGCAAACAGGAAAUAGCUGAUCGCCUGAACGCCUGGCUCAUCUUCAAUGAUAAAAACAAGGAACUCUGUGACUGGCUGACGCAGAUGGAGAAAAAAGUGACACAUAGGGUCGAAAACCUUAGUAUUGAGGAAAUGGUGGAGAAGCUUAAAAAGGACUGUAUGGAGGAGAUUAAUCUGUUCAGCGAGAACAAGAGCCACCUCAAGCAGCUGGGCGAGCAGCUACUAUUGGCCAGUGACAAGGCUAAGGAGGCAGAGAUUGACGGGGCCUUGCGUGAUGUCAACGACCGCUGGCAACACCUGUUCGACCACAUUGAGGCCAGGGUGAAAAAGCUGACAGAAACCCUGGUGACAGUGCAGCAGUUGGAUAAGAACAUGAAUAACCUUCGCUCUUGGCUCACUCGCAUUGAAGCUGAGCUGGCCAAACCCAUUCACUACAGUAUCUGCCACAGAGAUGAGAUCCAAAAGAGACUAGCUGAGCAACAGGACCUGCAGCGUGACAUCGAGCAGCACACUGAAAGGGUGGCGUCUGUGCUCGCCCUGUGUGACGUGCUUCUGCACGAUGAGGAUGCCUGCAGCAAUGAUGGAGAGAAUGACUCCAUCCAGCAGACCACGCAGCGCUUGGACCAGCGCUGGAGAAAUAUCUGCUCCACGUCUCUGGAGAGGAGGCUGAGGAUUGAGGAAACAUGGCGACUGUGGUGUAAAUUUCAGGCGGAUUACUCUUCCUUCGAGGACUGGCUGAACGUAGCUGAGCGCUCUGCUGCUGAACCCAAUUCAUCAGACAUCAUGUACACUGACGCCAAAGAGGAACUUCAGAAAUAUGAGGUUUUCCAAAGACAAGUGCGUGAGAGUCUGACCCAGCUGGAAAUGAUUAAUAACCAGUACAGACGACUAGUGCGGGAGAACCGAGCUGAUGCAGCCAGCAGACUCAGAGCCAUGGUGCAUCAGGGGAACCAGCGCUGGGACGCGCUCCAGAAGAGAGUGGCUGCAAUACUGCGCAGACUCAGGCAUUUCACAAGUCAGAGAGAAGAGUUUGAGGGAACCCGCAAGAGCCUCCUCGUCUGGCUGACUGAGAUAGACCUCCAGCUGACCAAUGUAGAGAACGUCUCAGAGAGCCAUCUCCAAGACAAGAUGAAACAGCUGAAGAGUUUUAAGAAAGAGAUCACUCUGAACACCAAUAAGAUUGAUGCUCUGAUCGUUUUUGGGGAGGGGCUGAUUCAGAGGAGCUGUCCUCAAGAUGCUGUUGUGAUAGAAGAUGAGUUAGAGGAACUGCACACGUACUGUCAAGAGGUGUUCGGCAGGGUAGCCCGAUUCCACCAGCGCCUCACCAGUCUCCGCCCGCUGGAUGUCUUUGAUUUUGAACAGUCCAGAGGGACACUGGCCACCCCCUCCUCCAGCCAGCCCUCCAUGUGCCUGCUAUCGCCACCUCAGGAGCACUCGGGCCGUGAAACCCCCGUCAGUCUGGAUUCCAUCCCUCUGGAGUGGGACCACACCGGGGACGUUGGCGGCUCUUCUUCACAUGAUGAGGAAGAUGAUGCUGCCUUCUUCUCUGCCCUCUCAGGACAGAAUUGGCACUUUCAAAACACACAUGUAGGGGAAUCCUUCCAGCUGGACUCCUCCUCACCUACACACACCAGCACUCCUUUUAAACAAGGCUACGUCCAGCUGAUGUCUGAGUGCAGCGGCAGCAUUAAGAGUGUGAAGAGGGUUUCUAUGAUCCUGGAUGAUGAGGAACAGCGGGAAGAACAAGGUCUCACUGGCCUCAACACCGCAGACAAACAGUCAGGAGUGAUUGAACGCUGGGAGCUGCUGCAGGCUCAAGCAGUGAGUAAAGAGCAGUGCAGCACCAGAGACCCCCAGCAGCUGACCGCUGACCUGCAUGACAUCACUUCCUGGCUGGAUCGGGUCACCCCUGAGCUGGACAGACUGCAGAAGCCUGAGACAUCCGUCAGUGUUGAGAUCUUAGAAGAGAGGGUCAAACAACUUAAAGAAAUGCAGAAGACAUUUGCUCGCUAUAAAACCAUGAUGCUGUCUCUGAACCUGGGUGGGCGAGAGCUGCAGCAGGGGGCUACAGGAGGAGCACCUGAGUUUCAGGAGGGUCUGCGCAGCAUGAAUCGCCGUUGGACAGAGGCUUGUGUGGGACUAGAGGGAUGGGAGGACAGUCUGCGCACCACCCUAGGACGCUGUCAGGAGUUCCACCAGAUGGUUCACUCUCAACUGCUAUGGCUGGCCCAUGCAGAGAGCAGACGCUACACAGUAAACUUGAAUAACACUUCUGUGCAGCCCUCCAUGCUUCAGGAACACAUGAACACGCUAAAGGAUCUGACAGAGGAGCUGCAGGGCAGGCAGAAGCAAGUGAGCUCCCUGCAGGCGAUCUUCUCCGAGCUGCUUCCUGAGGCUGGUGGGGAAGACUGUGCUGAAGCCAGGGAAAAACUCCAUUGCAUUGGAAGCAAACUACGACUUCUGUCACGUCAAGUCGACCAGGAUCACCAGACAGUUCAGGAGAGAUUAGAGUCCACAACUGAUGCUUCGGGAGAAAGGAAAUCCACACAAUGCUCUCGGUCAAAGCGUGACUCAUCCCCUCGGCGUUCAUUCUUCUAUCGGGUCCUGCGAGCGGCUUUCCCUCUUCAUCUCCUGUUCCUCCUGCUGUUGGUUCUGGCCUGCAUGGUCCCUCUUUCUGAAGACGAUUACAGCUGCACCUUUUCCAACAAUUUUGCCCGCUCUUUCCACCCCAUGUUACACUACACCAACGGUCCUCCCCCAACAUGAGUCUCUCAUCAAACGUGCGGCGAAGCACCUCACUUUUGUCCAACCAAUAUUUUAAUGGUGGUAUUUAUAUAAAUUGAUGUUUUACUAUUUAUUCCCCUUUGAGAGCCAUACUACUGAGUACUUUGUUGUUAAUGUUACAGUUGGAUAUGAUCAAAAAAUGUUUGUCCCUUUUUUGUCACAAUACUGAAAAAGAAAAACGUCAAUCAUUGUAUGAGCUUGAAUGUUAACCACUGAUCAUUUUUUGAAAUAUUUUUUAAUUUUAAGCAAAUCACACACUGAUUUAGAGUUUGCAACUUGAAAAGAUUAACUCUUUAGCCACCGUUUGUGGUGACAUGAUGAACGGCUGCUAUUUAGGGAUUGUGGUCUCAUUCUUAAAUUUUAUAUGGUCUGAAUGAACUGUUCAUAUUUGCAAAGCCCAAAACAUAAAUGUAUUUAAAAACUUCAAAUGCACAUGAACACAGUUUAAUAUAGCUCUGUGUAAAUAGCACAUUGUUACAUAUGCACUGCAAAGUAGAACACAAAGACGUGUACAGAAAGUACAUUUUGAAAACAUUUUACAAACAUUUGUUCUGUGUUAAAAAAUAAACAUGGUCUACAACAAA